ACAAAUCAGCAGAUCAGGCUGGAGCACUGAUACAAAUAUACAAUGGAGAAGGGAGACAGAGUGAAGGUAGCAGCUCUUACACUCGCCUCUUGCGCCACGCUUGCAAUCUACAUUUUCUUAGCGUCCAAACUUCAUCAUCGUAAAAGACGAAGUCGUAGAAAUCCUUCGUCAUCACCUCCUCCGUGUUAUCUCAGAGCAGAACCCAAACCUCAGUACGAUUUCAAACGUGUCUUGGCCGAUAACUCUUAUUCUCACUUCCAACACCUCAGCCUCCAUCCCGCCAACACCUCCACCGCCGAGAAAUGCACGAGUUUGCAUCCAUACAUGGCAGAGAUUUCGGCAUUGCUGAAGGAGCCGAAUCUGAAGGCUUUGGAGAAUUAUAAUGAGAAUUUGGAUGAAUUAAAGAGCCGUGGUUCGUAUGUUUGGGUGGAAACUGGGUCACAGUUGCAGGAGUUGGCUGAAGUGUUGAGUGGGGAAAGGAUAUUUGGUGUAGAUGUGGAGCAUGAUAGUGUGAGAUCCUUCUUAGGUUUGACCUGCUUAGUUCAGAUAUCAACAAAGAGGGAGGAUUAUCUUGUUGAUGCAAUAGCCCUCCAUGACUUGAUGGGCAUCCUUCGGCCUAUAUUUGCUGAUCCAGGGAUUUGUAAGGUAUUCCAUGCAGCUGAUAAUGAUGUUCUCUGGCUUCAAAGAGAUUUUCAUAUUUAUGUUGUUAACCUAUUUGACACUGCAAAGGCAUGUCAUGUUUUGUCUAAACCGCAGAACUCAUUGGCAUACUUGUUGAAAACUUAUUGUGGUGUCAUUACAAAUAAACAAUUGCGAAGAGAAGAUUGGAGGCAACGUCCUCUGCCAGAAGAAAUGCUGCAUUAUGCUAAAAAGGAUUCACACUAUCUGAUGUACAUUGCGUGUUGUGUUUAUAAGGAGCUGAAGAUACACGAUUUAGAAAGUUCACCAUGUCUCAAAAACAAAUUGACUUUUGUUCUUGAGGCCACUAGUCGUUCCAAUGCAACUUGUUUGCAACUAUUCUCAAAAGUGAUUGAAGCAUAUCCGGGAUACUCUGCUGCUUCGUCAAUAAUUUCUCGAUGUCAUCGGUACCAAGGAAAUCUCCCUUCCAACUUUGUCAAUGCAAAGUUUCAUGACCUUGUGAGCAGACUGUGUGCAUGGAGAGAUAUUAUGGCUCGAGUUCAUGAUGAAAGUUUAAGGUAUGUUUUAUCUGAUCAAGCACUUGUUGCACUAGCAGCUAAAGCCCCUACAGAUGUUAGAGAUAUACGCAAAAUCAUAUCUCAAUCCCAUCCAAGUGUGUAUCACAUAUCAUCAUUUCAAUCUCCAUCAUCUCUAGCUUGUAGUCAUAUGGAAUACUUUAUGAGUCACUUAUUUCAAGAUGAAGUAGGUGAGGAUGAGGAAAGCCUUCUUGAAAUCCUUCAGAAAUGCUUAGGUGUUAAUGGAAGUUGUCCUCUCUUCGCCUAUAAUAUUGCUUUGUUAUCUGAAAGUAGCUUGGAAGUAGCCGACAGAUCUGUGGUUAGAAAUAAAUCCGCAAAAUCGUCUCUGGCUCGGAAGGCUCUUCAAGAGCUGUUUGACAAAACACAGCAUUGCAAAUCUCCAGUCUAUGACAACUGUAGGAUCUAUACAAGUGAUGGUCGGUUUUUAAGUUUCUGUGGCCGUAGAAAACUCGAGUGGUAUCUAAAGAAGAGUUUGGCAAAACUUGUUGAAGAGGACCCUCCUGCUAUAAUGCUUCUGUUUGAACCCAAACGACGUCCAGAGGAUAAGGAGAAGGACUUGUGUUAUGAAAAUAAGAAAAAUGUGUGUGUUCGAUGUGGUGAAGGUGACCGUUACUUAAGAUACCGUAUUAUACCUUUGUGCUACAUAAAGCACUUCCCGGAACACUUUAACAGUUACAGAUACCAUAAUCUUGUUCUCCUUUGUGUGGACUGCCACGAAAUUGCUCAUGCUGCUGGUGAAAGAUACAAGGAGAAGAUAGCUGAAGAGAUUGGAAUACCACUUUUUGUUGGUAAAGAUGUUGAUGGUUCUAGCCAGAAUAAGAAACACACCCCACCAGAUUUUGUUGUUUCAGAUCAUAAUAAUAAUAAUAAUAAUAAUAAUAAUAAUAAUAAUAAUAAUAAUAAUAAUAAUAAUAAUAAUAAUAAUCAAGAGUCCAAUACUGACAUCAUAUGUAAUCCAGUUGUAUCAGAAAAUGGGAAUAUCUCUACUGCGAGUGAUUUAGUUGUACAAAGUGACGAGAGUGUUUCUUCUGAACAGUCAAAGGAAUCAAUGUUUGGGCAUGGACCACAUGGGAAGCGGGUUGUGGAAUUUAUACUCAAAGAACAUGGGGACGAGGGAAUUCGUGAAUUUAUUCAGAGAUGGAGAGGAAAUUUUGUAGAAGCCAUUCAUCCCCGUUUCCUGCCUGCACGUUGGAAUACAAAGCACAUGUUUGAUUGAAUCCUGUCCUACGAUAUAAUGUUUGUGAUAGGUAUACAUACAACACACAAUAUGUAUUAUCUUAUAAACAACAACACUUACGUAAAAGAUACUCCGUAACACAUUUCUUGUUUCUUUAACUAAGAAAUGUUGAUUGAUGCGGUGAUGCCAUGCUCUUUCACAAGCGAUAUUAGUUUCUA